UACGCCGUUAAUAACGCAGUUUACAAGUUCUUGAAAGCAUUUCUCAUUUUCAAUACUUUGGUGGUUUAAUUUUGCUUCAAAUUGACGUCGUCGUCGCAAUUAAGAAAAGAUAUUUGUGUUGUUAUAAAAAUAACGUCUUUAAACUUAAUAUUUUUACGUAUCCCUUCAAAAAUUAGAAAACAACACAGGGCUUUUAAAGUUUAACUGUAACCAGAGCUCUUUUUUAAAGCAGAAUGGCAAACAAGAGCCAAGAGAAGAGCAGAAGUCCUUUUAUUAGCAUGCGAUUUGAGUUACAGUUUUCUGUUGUUAUAAGUUUGCCUGCGUGAUUAUUCUUCUCUUUAAAUUUAAGUGCAUUGAAACUAUUUUUUUUUUAACCUUUCAACAGAUCUUGUUCUUAAUUUCUUUAGUCGUAAAAUCGGAGUGACUAGUUCAUGACACGACUCCUAAGUGCAGUUUUAAAUUGACUCUGAACUUUAAUAUGAAGUGUCACUAUGAAGUUUUAGGGGUAGAUAUAAGUUGUACUGCUGAUGAUCUAAAAAAGGCGUAUCGAAAAUUAGCUCUAGAAUGGCAUCCUGACAAAAAUUUAGAUCGCCUGGAAGAAGCCAAAGAAACGUUUCAAUCUAUCCAGCAAGCUUAUGAAAUAUUAACUGAUCCGCAAGAGAGAGCAUGGUAUGAUCGUCACAGGGAUGACAUUCUCAGAGGAGGGGCAGAAGAAGCUUAUAAAGACGACUGCCUAGAUGUGUAUCAGUUUUUUAACACUGGCUGUUUUAAGGGUUACAAUGAUGAUGAAAAGGGGUUCUAUACUGUCUAUAGAGAAGUCUUUGAAAAAAUUGCUGCUGAAGACCAGCCUUUCAUUGAUGAUGAAGAGGAAGACAUACAAGUUCCCUCAUUUGGGUAUUCACAUAGCUCGUAUGAAGAGGUUGUUCAUAAUUUCUAUGCAUAUUGGCAAAGUUACUGUACUUACAAAUCUUACUCAUGGAAUGACAAAUUUGAUCUCACCGAGGCUCGAAAGUCUGGCGUCGGAAGGCAGAUGCUGCGGUUGAUGGAAAAAGAAAAUAAGAAACUACGUGACCAGCAUAAAAAGCAAAGGAAUGAGGAAAUUAGGGAACUGGUAGCAUUUGUUCGAAAGCGUGAUAAAAGGGUCCAAGCUCAUAAGAAAAAAAUGGAAGAAAUCAAAGCAGAAAAAGCUAAAAAAGCAGAAGAACUUCGAAGGAAACAAGUUCAGGAGCGAAAUAAAACUUUAGAAAAUUACAAAGAAUCUGAAUGGGCAUCUAUGUCACAGUUUGAAGAUCAUUUUAAUCAAAUAGAAUCAACAUUAGAUAUGACAUUUGGAAAUGAUUCUGAAACCAAAGAAGAUGAUGACAUUGAAGAAUUCUCUGAAUUGUACUGUGCAGCUUGUGAGAAAGAUUUCAGAUCAGAGCAAGCAAUGAGAAAUCAUGAAAAUUCCAAAAAACACAAAGCAAAUGUUGCAAUGCUUAAGGAGUAUAUGGAAGAAGACGAUGAAGAAAGUAACCAACAUGUUCAAGACGAUGCAAACUCGCAAGACAACGAUGAAAACAGAAAUUGUAUCGAAAAUGAAGACACAUCGAGUGCUGCACUCUUGGAGGAACUAAUGAAAAGUGCUACUAAAACAAAAAAGAAAAAGAAGAAGAAGAACGAAAAAAAGGAAGAGCAAGAGCAUGUACCCAAUGAAGAGCAAGAAAUUGUUUCUGAAACAUUGGAAUCAAUUGAUUUGCAAUUAAAUCAAGUUCACAUUGACAAUGAUGUUGUAAAUGAGGAGAAGAAAUGUGAUAGCAGUGAGAAACUACUUCCUGCAGAUACUACCUCUAAUCCAUCCAAUAAAAUUGAACACAAAAAGAAGAAAAAGGAAAAACCGGUGAAAAAGGUAGAUGUGUCCGAAGCAACGGAAGAAACUGAACAGCCCAUCACACUGUGUGAAACAUGUAAUAAAAACUUUUCAUCAAGAAAUAAGCUUUUUGAACACUUGAAGCAAAGUGGACAUGCAAGUUACAAAAAUGAUACAAGUCAAAAUACGUCGAAAAAACAGAGACGGAAAAAACUAUAAUUAAUAUGUUUUAUAGUCUGUAAAUUUGUAUCAUAAAUACUAUUAAAUUAUUGUG